GUGAGAGGAGCUCGGGAUGGGGCUGGGACCGGCCUCUGUGACCGCUGAAUCCGGAGACGUAAUGGAGCUCUGACUUGAGGCCUGAGCCUGAGAUGGGAGACACCAUGGUGGAACCAGUACCUGCGAAGCUCUCCGACCCGACCCUGGUGUUGCGGGGCAAUGGAGGGAGUCCCCUGUGUGUGAUUACGGAGGGCGUGGGGGAGGCCCAGAUGGUUAUAGACCCGGACGUGGCGGAGAAGGCCUGCCAGGAUGUGCUGGACAAGGUUAAGCUGAUUCGCGGUUCCUCGGCAGAGAGCUUGGACAAGAUAGAUGGUAGCGACACUGGCGAUGGCGGUUCCCUGGCCAAUGGGGACGCGGGGCCCAGACACAGCGAGAGCUGCGGGCCCCCUGUCAGCGCCUCCAGGAUUACUGAGGAGGAGGAGUCACUGAUAGACAUAAACAGUGUAAAGAGCGCCCGCCGGAGGCAGAAGAACAACUCGGCCAAGCAGUCGUGGCUGCUGCGGCUCUUCGAGUGCAAGCUGUUCGACGUUUCCAUGGCCAUUUCGUACCUGUACAACUCCAAGGAGCCGGGGGUGCAGGCCUACAUCGGCAACCGCCUCUUCUGUUUCCGCUACGAGGACGUGGACUUUUACCUGCCGCAGCUGCUCAACAUGUACAUCCACAUGGACGAGGACGUGGGCGACGCCAUCAAACCCUACGUGGUCCAUCGCUGCCGGCAGAGCAUCAACUUCUCCCUGCAGUGCGCGUGGCUCCUCGGCGCUUACUCCUCCGACAUGCACAUUUCCACCCAGCGCCACUCCCGCGGCACCAAGCUGCGCAAGCUGAUCCUCUCCGACGAGCUAAAGCCCGCCCACAAGAAGCGAGAGAUCCCGCCCCUCAGCCUGGCCCCAGACACGGGCCUCUCGCCUUCCAAGAGGACUCACCAAAGGUCCAAAUCCGACGCCACUGUCAGCAUUAGCCUCAGCAGCAACCUGAAGCGGACGUCCAGCAACCCCAAAGUGGAGAACGACGACGAGCCGGUGCGCCUCGCUCCCGAGAGGGAAUUCAUCAAGUCUCUCAUGGCCAUCGGAAAGCGCUUGGCCACCCUUCCCACCAAGGAGCAGAAGACCCAAAGGCUCAUCUCUGAACUGUCCCUACUGAACCACAAGCUGCCCGCCCGGGUCUGGCUUCCCACUGCCGGCUUCGACCACCACGUGGUGAGGGUGCCACACACGCAGGCCGUGGUACUGAACUCCAAGGAUAAGGCUCCCUAUCUGAUCUACGUGGAGGUUCUGGAAUGUGAGAACUUUGAGACGUCUCUGGUCCCGGUCCGUAUCCCUGAGAAUCGGAUCCGCAGCACCCGCUCUGUAGAGAACCUCCCCGAGUGCGGCAUCACCCACGAGCAGCGCGCCAGCAGCUUCACCACUGUCCCUAAUUACGAUAACGAUGACGAGGCCUGGUCUGUGGAUGAUAUUGGGGAGCUGCAGGUGGAGUUGCCGGAACUUCACACCAACAGCUGUGACAACAUCUCCCAGUUUUCGGUGGACAGUAUCACGAGCCAGGAGAGCAAGGACCCCGUGUUUAUAGCCGCCGGCGACAUCCGGAGGCGCCUCUCAGAGCAGUUGGCACACACCCCGACUACAUUCCGGCGGGACCCUGAAGACCCCUCAGCUGUGGCCCUUAAGGAACCUUGGCAGGAGAAAGUCAGGAGGAUUAGGGAGGGCUCCCCCUAUGGGCACUUCCCAAACUGGCGGCUGCUGUCGGUCAUAGUGAAGUGCGGGGACGACCUGCGCCAGGAGCUGUUGGCCUAUCAGGUGCUAAAACAGCUACAGUCCAUCUGGGAGAGCGAGCGCGUGCCGCUGUGGAUCCGCCCGUACAAGAUCCUGGUGAUCUCGGCAGACAGCGGCAUGAUUGAGCCGGUGGUGAACGCCGUGUCCAUCCAUCAGGUGAAGAAGCAGUCGCAGCUGUCGUUGCUGGAUUACUUCCUGCAGGAACAUGGCAGCUGCACCACCGAAGCCUUCCUCACAGCGCAGCGCAACUUUGUGCAGAGCUGCGCCGGCUACUGCCUGGUGUGUUACCUGCUGCAGGUCAAGGACCGGCACAAUGGCAACAUCCUGCUGGACGCCGAGGGCCACAUUAUCCACAUCGAUUUCGGCUUCAUUCUGUCCAGCUCCCCCCGCAACCUCGGCUUUGAGACCUCCGCCUUCAAGCUCACCUCUGAGUUUGUGGAUGUGAUGGGGGGGCUCAACGGGGAUAUGUUCAACUACUACAAGAUGCUGAUGCUGCAGGGACUCAUCGCUGCCCGGAAACACAUGGACAGGGUGGUGCAGAUAGUGGAAAUCAUGCAGCAAGGUUCCCAGCUGCCCUGCUUCCAUGGCUCUAGUACAAUCCGGAACCUGAAGGAGCGCUUCCACAUGAACAUGACGGAGGAGCAGCUGCAGGUCCUGGUGGAGCAGAUGGUGGACGGCAGCAUGAGGUCCAUAACCACCAAACUGUACGACGGGUUCCAGUACCUGACCAACGGCAUCAUGUGACCGCCACCCGGAUCCGCCACGGUUUCCCAUUAACUAAACUAUUUUUGUAACUGUUGAGCGGGGACAUAAUGAGCCCCCACAGCACAUUGUACAGGAUCAUGGCUUAGAAUGAGGUUUCUCCUUUGGGGGGUGCUGGUGGGUUGCCCUGUCCCUCCCUGGCUGCAGCACUAGGCCACGGUGACCACUAUGCAGGCAGUUGCCCCCGCCCCCACCGAUUCAUUCAGUAUUUCCACUCAGUGUUUGGCCCAUACCAUCAUGCUCCUCCCACCAGCCCCUUUCUACUAUAUCCCUCCCCCCAUGUGACUCUUUCAUUCCACUUCUCCCCCAUGUGAUUAUGCUCCUCCCACUUAGCCCUGCCUAAGUCCCAUUCCUCCCCCAUGUGAUCUUGCUCCUCCCACUAGGCCCUGCCUAUGUCACAUUGUCCCCCAUGUGAUCAUGCUCCUCCCACCAGGCCCCUGGUCUUUGUCACAUUGCUCCUCCCACUGUGUGAUCAUACUCUUUCCUCUAGCCCCACCCCCAUUAUCAUGCUUCUGCCCCAGCUCACGUGUCUCCCAUAAUGCCCCUCUGUGAUCAUGCUUGUCCCACCCAAUCCGCUUACUGCUCUAAUGUGCACCAUGUGGUUAUUUCCCUCCCACGAGGUCCAGUCUUUGCCAUAACACUCCCCCAUGUGCUCUUGCUCCUCCCACCAAGGCGGGGGCAGUUCUCCAGACCUCAUGACAUACUUUCUUACUCUGUGGAAGGGGUUAAUGCUAAACUGGAGGGGAGGGUGAUGCAGAUUAACCCAUUGGGCUCCCACUGGGCUCCAGGGAUCUUUAUAUUGUAAUGUGAUAUCUGCUAGCCCCGCCUACCUGUUGGCCCCACCUACAUACCUACAUGCAUCUAAUUGCCCCAUAGCGCUGAGCUCUUCUGCACACACCCCACUCCCCAAAGGGUUUUUAUAGUCUCUAAUGCACCACUGUUAGCUCCCUGCUUCCUUCCCUGCCCCCUGCUGGGCAAGCAGCUGUAUGGCAGCCCCGGCCGCCCUGCCUGUGACUAGGAGGGGGCAAGUUCUUCCUGUAUAUGGAAUCCCCUCUGAUUAUUCUCUUUUAUUUAUAUGAUUUUAUUAGGAAAUGUAUUGCUCUCUGUAACGCUCUGCUGCCCCCUGUUGGGGGCCCCAAGGGCAGCCUUUAUAGGGCCCCUCUCCCUGUGCCCCCAGCAGACACUGAUUCUGUGGCAACCGGACUGUAGUUGCACCGGGGCUUGGGGUAAAUGGAAUGUGUUGGGGCAGAAAGACUUUUACCUCAGAGAGGAAGUGGCCCCCCUGCUUAUUUAGGGGCGGGGAGAACAUGGGACUCCUGUUUAUUAAGGGGGGGGACUUUUUAAAAAAAAAAAAAAAAAAUGAUAACGUCUGAGCGCUUUCAUGUUUAUUUCUAUUAAAAGUGAUAAUUCCCA